AUGGGUGCAUAUAAGCAGAUGUCGGGAGACACUGAGCUGAAGAGACUUGUGUUUCCCGAGCGCAUCCUCUCCUCACUGCUCUCCAUCCACCUGCACCCGAUUAGCCAGAGCCAAGAUGCCACUAAAUUCUGCUUUACAGGGGCUAAUCCCAUGUCGCCUGACUGCAUUAAAAUCUCUGGUGCAAACGAGGACACUGUGGAGUCAGAAAUCGUGAAUCCCACCAGUGAACUUGAAGCAUUAGUCAAGACAGAGCUGCCACAGCUCAACGAAGCCCUGACCUGUUACUUGAGAAGCAACUUGUCCACUAAAGGCAACCUGAAUCUUGUACAGUCACUUGAAAAUAUAACCGAUUUUAAAGUCAACUUCACCAAGGCUUCUGGGGAAGAAACAAAGUACUUGGACCUCAGUGGCUGCAGGUGCAAGCCAUCGCAUCGCGUGUGCACUGUAACCGGAGGCCAAGUAAUCCAGUUCUUUGGCCAAGUGUCUACCGUUACGGACCGCUGCAUGUACAGCUUGCUUGAGCCAGUCGAUAGUAGCGGCUUUAUACUGUUGGCGGCUUUUGAGGAUCGCCGCAGUCUGAUCAUGACCUUCUUGGACCGCCUGGAUCUGGUGCUGCCAUCAUCCAACAACACUAUCUCUCUUGAAACAAGCGGAAGAGUUCGGGUAAAUGGCCAAAUACAAACGGUUGGCACUCAGGCCACUGAGGUCCACGGAGUGCUGCUCUCCAGCAACGAGGCUGGUGUUACUUUGGAGAUUUUGAACACAGCCAUCUCUGUCGUCAAUGUUUCCAUCUUCUUUGAUGGCUCCUCCGCGUACAUCACAGUACCUGACGGGGCACCUCUGCAGGGCUUAUGUGGGAACGCCAACGAUCCCGCCUAUUUACCAACGGUCACUGCGGCUAGCCAAAGCAAGCUAGGAUGUAAUAAGAUGCCCCGAAAAGGUAACCUAUUAGUCAACAGUACGGCGGGAAUAGAACGCUGCUCCCUUCUCAAGUCGGAUGCUUUUGGCGCUUGCCACAGGAAAGUCCCAGUGGAACCACACAUCCUGUCGUGCAACAACACACUGAGCAGCUACCCCAUGGUGGACAACCUCCAGUGCCAGUUCUUCGAGGCGUACGCCCAAGUCUGCAAGCAGCAGUACCAUCGACUUGGGAGACUGGAGGUCUUCGCUGCUGACAAUCAGACGUACUGUCAGAACCACACUUGCAACGCUAACGAGUUCUGUGGAGAGUCCGGGCUCAGAAAAACAAGCUGCCUCUGCCGAGCCAUAUUUGCAGCCGAAUACAAGUUGAAAAACACUUUGGGUGACCCCCCCACAUGCCAAGAUGGCUCAGCAUCCAUCUCACUGAUUGGCUGCCUGUUGGAGGAGAACGAUAUUGACCACUCCAUGUUGCACCUCAGAGAUGAGACCUGCAAAGGUGAAAGGGACAGUGAGACCCAUUUGGUGACCUUCAACUAUAACUCAAGCAACACAUGUGGGACAGAAAUCCAGGGGAACGAAAGCUUUGUGGUUUUCAAGAACAGAAUUGGGAUUGACAAACCUCUAAACAAUUCCAUCAUAACGCGCAGCAACUUCCAGUUUGACUUCACGUGUGUGUACAGGCAGCCGGAUCUCAAAACCUUGACCUUCCAGGUCAAAAGCGGCUCUGUCACGCGUCAAGUGGUAUCGCAGGCCCAGAACUACACUCUGCUCAUGCAAGCGUACGUGGACAGUGCACGCACACAGUUGCUGGAGCCGGGCACAGAAUUGGAGCUUAAUCAGCAGGUUUGGAUCCAGCUGACCACAGAUGGGCUGGAUGCGAAUGCGGUCAAAAUGGUGACCCAGUCCUGCUGGGUGACAAAAGAUUCUUCGCCCAAUGACACUUUGAGAUACGACCUCAUCAUAGAUGGCUGUCCGAACCUCCAAGAUGGCACGGUGGAGAUAGAUGGCAAUGGAUUGGGGAAGGACAACUACUUCUUGUUCCGAAUGUUCCAGUUUUUGAACAGCACUAACUUCUACCUGCACUGCAAUGUGACCCUGUGCGCGAAGCCGCAGUGCGCCCCGGUGAGUUGCAAGGACAUGCUGUACAUUCUGAUCACUGGCAUGAGAGAAACAAUACACAGUGUUUUCUUUUGUCUUGUCCAAGCAGGCCUGCGGCAAGGUUCACAGCAGAAGACGUAG